CUGCAGUUGCCAAAAUAAUAGGCAAUAAUGUAAAAAAAUUGCAGAAGUUUGCUUCUACAGUGAAGAUGUGGGUGUUUGAGGAGAAUAUUAAUGGGAGAAAACUGACAGAUAUCAUAAAUAAUGAACAUGAAAAUGUAAAAUAUCUCCCUGGAUACAAGCUGCCAGAUAAUGUGGUUGCUAUCCCAAACCUUAAUGAAGCUGUGCAGGAUGCAGACUUGCUGGUCUUCGUCAUUCCUCAUCAAUUCAUUCAUAAGAUCUGCGAUGAAAUCACUGGACGAGUACCCAAGAAAGCUCUUGGUAUAACUCUCAUAAAGGGAAUAGAUGAAGGGCCAGAGGGACUCAAGCUGAUCUCCGACAUUAUUCGCGAGAAGGUGGAGAUAGACAUCAGUGUGCUCAUGGGAGCCAACAUUGCCAAUGAGGUGGCAGCGGAGAAGUUCUGUGAAACCACAAUAGGCAGCAAAAUCUUGGAGAAUGGCCUUCUCUUCAAAGAACUCCUGCAGACUCCAAACUUCCGAAUAACUGUAGUAGAUGAUGCAGAUACUGUUGAGCUUUGUGGUGCUCUAAAGAAUAUAGUGGCAGUAGGAGCUGGGUUUUGCGAUGGCCUUCGCUGUGGAGACAAUACCAAAGCUGCCGUUAUUCGCCUCGGCCUAAUGGAGAUGAUUGCCUUUGCCAGAAUCUUCUGCAAAGGACAGGUGUCUACUGCCACCUUCCUGGAAAGCUGCGGAGUUGCCGAUCUUAUCACAACGUGCUAUGGUGGCCGGAAUCGACGGGUGGCAGAAGCGUUUGUUAAAACUGGAAAGUCUAUUGAAGAAUUGGAGCAAGAAAUGCUGAAUGGUCAGAAACUGCAAGGACCGCAGACUUCUGCAGAAGUGUAUCGCAUCCUCAAGCAGAAAGGAAUGGUAGAAAAGUUUCCACUAUUCACUGCUGUAUAUCAAAUUUGCUACGAAGGGAAGCCUGUCAAAGAGAUGAUAUCCUGCCUUCAAAGUCACCCAGAGCACAUAUAAAAUCAAGCAGGCCAUUGUACUAACACAGCUUUCUGCCUUUCCAAUUUGUAUUUGGGUUCAAGUGGAUGUAUCAUUAAGCUUCAUACAAAGCGGCUCACUAGGCAACUGUAACAACAUGAAUGUGUCUGAGGGGGUGCUGGGGUUUUUUGUUUGGUUUUCAGCCUAGUUUGGCAUCGCAUGUCGCGUUGGCUUGGUG